UCUACUUAUAAGACGGUCACACUGGCGUUCUAUGCAGGCCGGCUGAAACGCCACAUCAGUGUUAAAAUUAAAUUAACGAAUCAAAAGUUGGCUAGAAACUAUUUAAAACCAAUCCAUUCGAAAUCCUUUGUUUAAUUUAACUUUGGCGCUUGGCCAUUAUGUGCAUGAGGCCAUUCACAUUCAACUAGAAACCGUGAGAUCAAAGCAUUUAAAAAUGUUACGUCUUGUGUGUGUGUUUGUGCUGCUGGCGGCUUUGUUAGCACCAGCUCCAGUUGCCCCUACGCAGCAGUCGCAAUCGCAGUCUACCCAGAGUUAUCCCAUUACCACGCUGAUAAAUGCCAAAUGGACACAGACGCCAUUGUAUUUGGAAAUUGCUGAAUAUUUGGCCGACGAGCAGUCUGGCCUCUUCUGGGACUAUGUUGAUGGAGUGACCAAACUGGAGACGGCUCUAAAAGAUUAUGAUACGGAGUCGCAACAGUAUAAUGCCGCCCUGCAAUUGGUGAAAUCUCAUGUGAGCCCGCCGCAAUUGCCUCUGCUUAAGCUGGUGGUGUCCAUGCACAGUUUAACGCCCAGAAUACAGACACAUUUUCAGCUAGCCGAUGAGUUGCGCAGCUCUGGUGCCUGUGAGGGAUCGACAUUUGCUCAAGUGGGCACUGAAUUGGCCUGCAGUUUUGCCGAUCUGCAAAAGAAAUUGGGUUUGCCCAAGGCCAAGGAUAGCUUGGAUAGUUUGGUGGAUACCUAUAGUUUUGAUCACAUCUAUCCGGGUAGUGAGAAUAAUACAAGAACUGUUAUUCUAUACAGCGAUUUGGGUAGCUCACAGUUCCGUUCAUAUCAUAAACUGCUCGAAAAGGAGGCCAACCUUGGAGGAAUACGUUAUAUUUUGCGUCAUCAGUUGGCCAAGAAGGAUAAGCGUCCGGUACGUCUAUCCGGCUAUGGCGUUGAAUUGCAUUUGAAAAAUACAGAAUACAAGAGUCAAGAUGAUGCACCCAAACCAGAAGCGGGUGGCAAUUCGGAUGAAAACGAUGCCACCAAUGAAUCAGAUGUACUUGGAUUUGAUUUCAAAGUAUUGAAACAAAAGCAUCCCAAUCUAAAGCGUAAUCUAGAUCAAUUGCGUCAACGAUUGCUACAAGGCAACGAUGAGAUAGCCCAACUGAAGGCAUGGGAAUUUCAGGAUUUGGGCUUACAAGCUGCAGCAGCCAUAGCCGAGAUACAAGGUGAUGAAGCCUUGCAAAUACUUCAAUAUACAGCACAUAAUUUCCCAAUGCUGGCGAGAACUUUGCUUGCCCACAAGGUAACCGAUUCCCUGCGAACGGAAGUCAAAUAUAAUACCGAAGCAUUUGGUCGUAGCCUAAAUGUGGCGCCUCCAGAUGGAGCACUGUUUAUUAAUGGCCUAUUCUUUGAUGCCGAUACCAUGGAUUUGUAUACGCUUAUUGAUACAUUACGCUCUGAGAUGCGAGUCCUUGAGAGUUUGCAUAGCAAUAAUGUGAGAGGAAAUCUGGCUAGUUCAUUGUUGGCCUUAGAUUUGACCACCUCAAGUAAAAAGGAGUUUGCCAUUGACAUCAGAGAUACGGCCGUGCAAUGGAUCAAUGAUAUUGAAACCGAUGCCCAAUACAGACGUUGGCCCGCCUCAGUAAUGGACUUGCUGCGUCCAACUUUCCCGGGCAUGUUACGGAAUAUUAGGAAAAAUGUAUUCAAUUUAGUUUUAGUUAUCGAUGCCCUACAACCCACGGCACGUAGUCUGAUCAAAUUGUCGGAAUCAUUUGUCAUCCAUCAGGCACCCAUACGUCUGGGCUUGGUCUUUGAUGCACGCGAUGCCAAAGAGGAGACCAAAGAUGAUUAUAUUGCCAUAGCGUGUGCCUUCAAUUAUGUGAGUCAAAAGAAAGAUGCACGAGCUGCCUUGAGUUUCCUAACUGAUAUCUAUGCAGCUGUUGGUGAAACAAAAAUUGUUACCAAAUCGGACAUUGUGAAACAAUUGACCAAAGAGUUUACCACAUUGAAUGCAAAUAAGGCUAAAGAAUUCCUUGAAGAGGACUCCGACUAUGAUUAUGGUCGGCAAUUGUCCGAAGAGUUUGUCCAGCGUUUGGGUUUCGCCGAUAAGGGACAACCCCAAGCUCUGCUCAAUGGCGUACCCAUGCCCAGUAGCAUUGUCACGGCUGAUAGCGAUUUUGAAGAAGCCAUAUUUACGGAAGUUAUGACUCAAACGGCCAAUCUACAGAAGGCCGUCUAUCGCGGAGAAAUGACAGACAGCGAUGUGGCCAUCGAUUAUCUAAUGAAUCAGCCUCAUGUUAUGCCGCGCCUUAAUCAACGUAUACUCAGUCAAGAGGAUGUCAAAUAUCUGGAUAUAAAUGGCGUACCAUCAAAGCAAUUGAGCAAUGUUGGUGCUCUCAAUAAGCUCUCCAAUCGUGAUAUGACUGCCACUCUAAUGGACAAUCUGCGUUAUUUUGGUGGUAAAAAAUCAUCGGAAGAAAUUGGUCGUGCCAAUUUACAAUUCUUAACCUUGUGGGUGUUUGCCGAUUUGGAUACAGAAGAGGGUCGCACCCUGCUCACACAUGCUUUGGAAUAUGUGCAAAGUGGACAGAGUGUACGUCUUGCCUUCAUACCGAAUACAGAGAGUGCCAGUGUCAAGGAUUCACGUAACCUGAAUCGUUUAGCCUGGGCAGCAGUUCAAAGUCUCAGUCCCAAAGAGGCCACAGAUCAAGUGUUGAAAUGGCUAAAGAAACCUAAAGAAAAAAUUGAAAUACAGAAGAAACUCCAGGACAUUCUAGGCUCCACGGAACUGCAUUUGAAGAUGCUGCGUGUGUAUGCCCAACGGGUUUUGGGUUUAAACAAAUCCCAGCGGUUAGUUAUAGGCAAUGGUCGACUCUAUGGUCCGUUGACAAUACAAGAGACCUUUGACAGUGCUGAUUUUGCCCUUUUGGCACGGUACAGUUCUCUUCAAUAUGGUGAUAAGGUGCGUCAAGUGUUGAGAGAAUCGGCCCAAGAUGUAUCUAGUGAUUUUACCAGCGAUACGCUCUUGAAACUCUAUGCCAGCCUUUUGCCACGACAGACCAAGACACGUUUUAAGCUCCCGGCGGAUCUUAAGACCGAUCAUUCAGUUGUCAAAUUGCCACCCAAAGAGGAGAAUCUACCGCAUUUUGAUGUGGCUGCCAUUUUGGAUCCAGCAUCGCGUGGUGCACAGAAGCUAUCGCCCAUCUUGAUACUUAUCCGUCAGAUUUUAAAUUGUCAAUUGAAUCUCUAUUUGACGCCAGUGCCGCAGCAUAGUGACAUGCCGGUUAAGAAUUUCUAUCGUUAUGUUGUCGAGCCAGAGGUGCAAUUUGAGACCCACGGUGAACGCUCCGAAGGACCAUUGGCCAAAUUUAGCGGCUUGCCAGCGAAUCCUCUAUUGACGCAGCAAUUACAAGUGCCCGAAAAUUGGCUAGUGGAGGCUGUAAGAGCUGUCUAUGAUUUGGAUAACAUUAAGCUACGCGACAUUGGUGGCCCAGUGCAUAGUGAAUUCGAUUUGGAAUAUUUACUACUCGAAGGACAUUGCUUUGAUGCUGGCAGUGGAGCACCGCCGAGGGGUCUACAACUGGUGCUGGGCACAAAGACACAACCAACUCUAGUGGACACCAUAGUGAUGGCAAAUUUGGGCUACUUCCAGUUGAAAUCGAAUCCAGGAGCCUGGAAUUUGCGUUUACGCGAUGGCAAAUCCACAGAUAUUUAUGCCAUAAGUCAUGCCGAGGGCACAAAUACCAAUCAUCCGGUUGGGGCAACUGAUGUCCAGGUGUUGAUCACCACACUGCGAUCGCAGGUUAUUAAAUUAAGAGUUUCCAAGAAGCCGGGAAUGCAACAGGCCGAGCUUCUCUCCGAUGAUAAUGAGCAGGCUGCCCAAUCAGGCAUAUGGAAUAGCAUUGCCAGCAGUUUUGGUGGCAGUAAUGGCAAUCAGGCUGCCGCCGAUGAGGAUACCGAGACUAUAAAUAUUUUCUCUGUUGCCUCAGGACAUCUGUAUGAACGUCUAUUGAGAAUUAUGAUGAUAUCCUUGCUAAAGAAUACCAAAUCACCGGUGAAAUUUUGGUUCCUUAAGAAUUAUCUAUCGCCACAAUUCACCGAUUUCCUGCCACAUAUGGCAAGAGAAUAUAAUUUCCAAUAUGAAUUGGUUCAAUACAAAUGGCCACGUUGGCUGCAUCAGCAAACAGAGAAACAGCGAACCAUUUGGGGUUAUAAGAUUCUCUUCUUGGAUGUCCUCUUCCCCCUAAAUGUGAGAAAGAUAAUUUUCGUGGAUGCCGAUGCCAUUGUGAGGGCAAACAUUAAGGAAUUGUAUGAUCUGGAUUUGGGCGGAGCACCAUAUGCCUAUACACCGUUCUGUGAUUCACGCAAGGAAAUGGAGGGAUUCCGUUUCUGGAAGCAGGGAUAUUGGCGUAGUCAUCUAAUGGGCCGACGCUAUCAUAUUUCUGCCCUCUAUGUUGUCGAUUUGAGACGUUUCCGUAAAAUAGCAGCCGGCGAUCGUUUGCGUGGCCAAUAUCAGGCACUCAGUCAGGAUCCAAAUAGUUUAUCCAAUUUGGAUCAGGACUUACCCAACAAUAUGAUACAUCAGGUGGCAAUUAAAUCACUGCCCGAUGAUUGGUUAUGGUGUCAGACCUGGUGCAGUGAUAGCUCAUUCAAAUCGGCCAAGGUGAUUGAUCUGUGCAAUAACCCACAAACAAAGGAAGCCAAACUAACGGCUGCUCAACGUAUUGUGCCCGAAUGGAAAGAUUAUGAUGCAGAACUGAAGACCCUAAUGGCACGCAUUGAAGAUCAUGAGAAUGCCCAUGGCUCCAGGGAUGCCUAUGAUGAUGAUGAUGAUGAAGAUGACUAUGAGGGACAAUUAACUGGCACCACAUUGCCUCCUCCUCAUGAACCCAAACACGGCGAACUGUGAUCCUUUUUGUAGAUGAAUUUCCUCACAUCAACGUCUUUAGUAAAUAUUAAAUCCAAUGUCUUAAAAAA